CAGGCGGAACAGGCGGAUCUUCCUCAAGCAGUUUGAUAACGUCGACAUGGCGGCUGUCACCGAUGUGAGUGAAAAUACGAAGCCAUUUUUGUUUAUUUCAGUCCGAAUCAGAGGUCUUCGAGAUCACGGAUUUCACCACUGCGUCUGAGUGGGAAAGGUUUGUGUCCAGGGUUGAAGAAGUCCUAAAUGAAUGGAAGCUAACUGGAAACUCGACAAGGAUGUCCCCUAAAAAGAGUAAUUAUUCAAGUGGCACUUGGGAGGAGAAUUCUCAGGAGAUUAAUUUUGUAGAUUUUAAAUUUUCCAUAACUCACUAUGCAUUGGUGCAAGAGCAUGAGAACAACACAAAUACUGAAUUGGAAGAAGCUCCGUUUCCUUUCGCAAUGCAGGAGCUUUUGUGCACCAAUAAUGACUUUCCUCCUCGAGCCCACUGCUUGGUCAGAUGGUACGGGAUAAGAGAGUUUGUAGUCAUAUCCCCAGGAGCCAAUGUUGAGGCUAUCAUCAGCGAGUCCAAAUGCAAUUUGCUUCUAAGCUCCAUCUCAAUUUCUCUGGUCAACAUUGGCUGCCAAGUCCCCAUAUUUGUACAGAUCCAGCAAAAGUGGAGGAGACUAUAUUUUGGUGAAUGCCAGGGACAGGGUGUCCACACUGAAUUUGAGAUGGUACACCUUCGUAGAGUACCAAGUCAGUACAACCACCUGUCUGGCCUUCUUGACAUUUUCAAAUCAAAGACAGGCUACACCAUCUACCCCUUGCCUCCAAUCAAUGUUGCAAUCCGUUUUACCUACAUUCUUCAGGACUGGCAGCAACAUUCUUGGCCGCUGCAGCCUCCUGGUCUCCAAACAAGACCUAGCACUUUGAGCACGUUUCCACAUGACUCUGCAUCUCCAGUGAACUCUGCUCCAGUCUCCUUCCACAUAGCACUCAAAUCAGACUUUGACAACCUUCUUGGAGGUGAGGUGGGCGUGGAGGAGUUUGGCAAGCUUCCAUUUGGUGCAUGUGAAGAAACAAUCAGUGAGCUUCAUCUUUCAACCACUUGGCCUGACUUGACAGAAGGCACAGUUUUGGACAAUGAUGUCUACAGUGACCUUGACCCUCUCCAUGCGCCUCACUGGUCACUCCGGAUCAAGACAGUUGAACACCCUCAGUGUUUACUGGGUGACUUACUGACAGACUUUUUCAAGUUACUGGGGAGAAAGGAGACUACAGAAGAGAUUCUUGGAAGAGGAUCUGUUGAGGAGGAGGGCAAAGAUACUAGUGACAUCAGUUCUGCUCUAUCAAAGCUGACAGAGCCCACUGCAUCAGUGCCGAUGUCCAAACUCUCUGUGUCAAACAUGGUGCAUAAUGCUCGAAGGCACAUUAAACGGCACAGAGUUAUUGAUGACUGCCCACUUGGUGCAGAUGUACUUAAUUGCAUUCUUCAGUAUCUUUUUCCAGAUGCUGCUGUGGAUAAGACAGAAAAUAAAACUCCACAAACAAAUAGCUUUGGAAAGCAUGCAAAAAAUCAAAAUACUGAUGAUCUUUUUAUUCAGUUGAAGUCAGCACCAGUUCAAAGUCUGACCCAUCGGCUGGGACUAUGUAUGUGUCUAGUCAACUUGUACCAUGGUGGGCUGGGGGCUGUGGCCUACCUCUGGCAGGAGUUUGUACUUGAGUUGAGAUACCGCUGGGAAAACAGUUACCAAAUGUGCGGAUUGCAAGAAGCACCUGAUCUUCGCUGUUGUCUUCUACAUCAAAAGUUGCAGAUGUUGAAUUGCUGCAUCAAGAGGAAGCAAGCGAGGGAUUCCAUUCACAAGAACCCUGAGAGAAGCAAUGAAACUGCCUUCCAAAACAUCCACCAAGUGACAGAAGUUACAGCAGCCAAUUCAUCCAGCCAAAUAACUGCUGUUUCACCCGGGAAAUUCCUGGAUUCUUGGAGUGACAGUGAAGAAGAGUUUUUUGAAUGCUUGAGUGAUCAGUGGGACACUGAGUCGCCAUGCAUUAGAAGGGAAAAAGAUGGCAGUAAAACUAGAGCGGAGGGCAGGAUGCAUCCCUGUAACAACAUGACCCUUCUAAACUCUUCAGAUCUUCUCUUUAUCCCUGUGACACAGGAACCUGCUCCCAUGACUGAGGAUUUAUUAGAGGAACAGUCAGAAAUACUUGCAAAACUGGGAACAUCAGCUGAAGGUGCCCAACUCCGUGCUCGGAUGCAAAGUGCUUGUCUUCUGUCUGACAUGGAGUCUUUUAAGGCAGCCAACCCAGGUUCUAUUCUUGAGGACUUUGUUCGCUGGUACUCUCCCAGAGAUUUUUUGGAGGAUAUCGUCAACGAGAACGGUCAAACAGUCUUGAAAGGCAAGCUAAGUCCAAGGAUGAAAAUUCCAGGCAACAUAUGGGUAGAAACUUGGGAGAAUGCCAAGGCUAUACCUGCACAUCGCCAGAGAAGGCUUUUUGAUGAUACCAAAGAAGCAGAAAAGGUCUUGCAUUACUUGGAAGUGCAGAAACCUGCAGACCUGAGUCGCCAUCUCCUGCCAUGCAUAAUACAUGCUACAAUUUUGAAGUUGAAAGAGGAAGAGGCAUUUGAAAACAUACCAACUGUGAAAAAAAACAUCCAAAAAGCUACCAUUCAAGCGGGCAAGCUGCUGCAACAAUUCCAUCUCGACGACAAUAAUUUAGAGGAUUGCAUUGACUCUUUGAUUGCCAUGGAAAUGAUCAUCGCCCAGUUUCGGUCUCUCAAGACAAAGCUUGGUAUUUCUGAGGCUGAGAAUGAAGACCAAAGAGAGAAACUAAGACUAUUUCUUAACUCUUUGCUAGAAGAGCCUGAAGUUGUGGUGAUUGGAGCUGGUCAGGGAAAGGUUGGUGGCAUCAUCCACAGGCUGUUUCAUAUUGCGAAAGAGACUGCCAUUCUGGAUAAAGAAUCUGAACAGAGAAAGGAAGAAGAAAAGAAUCUGACUGAAGGAGACAGCAAAAUUCGUGAUUUCCCUUCGCCAGCUGGCCGGGAAAUUUUGUUGCGUACAUGCAUCCCUCGACCAGCACCGUAUUCCAAGGCUCUUCCUCAACGGCUUUUCUGUGUAUUGACGAGAGAGGAAUUUAGACUUGUGGGGGCCUUCUCUUCUGACACAUCUUUCUUUUAAUUCUUCAAACUACAGCAUGGCAAUGGCAUUUUUAUGCAGUUAUUACCAAUGUACCUGAUAUUGCAUGUCAAUACCUGUUGCUAAAAAACACCCAAUGAUGUUUUCAGUUGCACAUAAAGAAAGUGAACUGUUUGCAAUGAAAAUAGUGGGUACCUGCAACAUGCAUAAUUUUAUUCAUGGAUUGUAAACUCUCUCAAAGUUUUUUUUUUUUUUUAAAGACUGUCUAGAUUCAUAUCAAUAUUGAAUGGGUUGGUUAUAUAAUUCUGCUCAUUCACAACUAAGAAUUACAUCAUGAAUCGCUUUGUAGAAAUAAAGUCAGUGUGUUGUAACCACAAUUACAAUUAACCUGUGUUAAUUGUUGGUAAAUGUUUGAUGGAUGUUUCAGCGGUUUUCUUCCCUCCCCGCUCUUUUGGAUUUAUUAAAAGGGGAGUUUUCAAUUUGA